AUGGCACCGUACAUCGACACCGUUACAUCUGAGAAUGCCUAUAAACAGGUCCGUCCUCAGAGCCGCCUACUGGGUCUUUCAAGACUCGACAUUCACGCCAGUAGCUCGUGGGGUAGAGACCACCUCCUUGCCUGUCACAUUGUCUGUGACAAGACUCGCGGCCAGCUCUUGCCCCUGUACAGCCAGUUGAAGAAUGGUCGUUUCUUCAACUCUGAUGAGGGGGUCUCUGCAAAAGACCAGCAGGAGCUGACCAACUUCGUCCAAGGACCACAGCCGGAUGUCAGAGACCAGCUUGAACAUUCCCUUGUACGCACCUUGGGAGCCAGCCUGGGCCAAGUCUGGGCCGCCAUGAACGACGUGAUGGUGCAAGGUAGACAAGAGGCUGCCAAAGACACUACCCCUGAUCGGCCUAGGCGACAUAUCUCUCGGCAAAGCUAUGCUCCUCCUCAAUCAAGCAGCCCUGCAAGCCAGGACCCUCGCUCCAGCCACCCCCCGUCCAGCCCUUUCUCUGUUUCCUCCGAGUGGGCCGAGUCACAGCCUGUCAGAGAUCUGCCGGCUGAGGACUACACAGUACGGCUGGUCACAUCUGUCAUCCGACACAUCUUGAACUAUUCUCAGCAUCAAGACUCGGACAUGGUCCUGGAGGUUCGACAGCGAGAACGUCUUCGUCUGGACCUUCCCAAGCUGGACAAACACAUCGUGUCCAUCGACGACGGUGGUUUGCGACGAAGGAUCUAUGGCCGCGACCGAAGUUCGCCAGAGAACAAUUUCAUCGCUCUGCUAGAAGCGAAAAAGCGGCUCAAUGUGUCCAACGAUGGAAAGCGCUUCAUCUCAGAUGAGUGCUUGGCCCAGAUGGUCUGCGAGGCCAUGGUCGCAAAGGCGAACCAUGAGAGCGCAUUCCGAGACGAUAAAGUUGUCGUUAUCCACGCUGUGCAGCAUUUCGUGUGUUUCCUUGAGUUCCAUAUCACGCGGGAGUGCAUAGCGGAGAUUAUGGAUGGGGAGAUUCCUUUUAAUCCACUGAAGGUCACCGCCACCGCCUGGUUCAACCUCAGUGAGGCCAGGGGCAGGCAGGGUGUUUACGAUAACAUCCGUGGUCUGGUAGCGUCUGCGCGAUGUGGUUAG